CCACGAUUUAAACCGCUAUUUGUCGAAAGUGUAAACCCUUUCUAGCGGGGGCUCCUGUAGUGACUCACAUUUAUCACGAGAACACGACUGGUUUAAUAAAAACAAUUAUUAUUAUAACCAACUGUACCAGUGUUUGUUUUAACGUGCUUUUGUUUGACUGUGCUAAUGACAGCUAUUUUGUGCUUCCAUUCUUGUACUUACACUUCAAUUGUAACUUCGCGCGAAUUCGGUUACCUUCUGUAACCAAGGUUGUAUCCUGGCACGAUCUCGGUAUCCUUUCGAUGCCACGAGAUCGCCAGCAAAUAAAUAUCUCGACUUGGUCCAUUAAUUGCCUUCUGGUAUUUGGCUUCUCGGAGAUUUUAUGGGUUUCUUUGGUUACGUUCAACCUUCGCCUUCUGAUUUAUUUGGCACGUGUUUCUUGGUAGCGGUGUUCAUAGUUAACCUCAACUCGACUCCACGCUACAAUUGGUGACCCGUAUUUUGGAUCACGCCUCAGCUUCUGGUCAAAUCUUCCAAAGAAGCCAAUUCGGUGAGUCUAUGAUUUAUCUAUCCACGUCUGUCGUAUAUUUUCAUAUUUUUAAUAUAUAAUAUACUCGACAUGACGGAUAACGAUAAGAAUAGAAUUAAUAUAAUAGACUCACACGUAUGUGUACCGAAUCCUUGUCACUUUUUAUUCGCGUGAUGAUGAAUUCCACGCUUUAUUCGAGAAAUUUUCCCCUAUUAACUAUUCUCCUCGCUGACCCGGCUGCUUGGUACGGAAUGCAUUUGCAUACGCAUUAACGUCUACCUCCCAGCAUCAAAUGGUUAAGUUGAACGGUUUCAUUGCCAACUUAAAAGUGCUCUACGAGCACACGAGAACGACAACUGGUACGAAACCUUAUCGCUCGUCCCCUUAGGUAUUCGAACGAGCUUGAAGGCAGAUAUACAAUGUUCCGCCACUGAACUUGUAUACGGCACGACAUUGCGUCUGCCCGGAGAAUUCUUCACACCACGGAGCAGACCUAAUUUCGGUAAAUCAGACUACGUCCAUCGACUGUCUGCAUUUAUGCGAACGCUGUCUCCGGUGUCAACUCGAAUACAACAUCGACAGGUCGCUCUCUCUCGAGAGUUAUCUACCUGUUCACAUGUUUUUGUACGAGUAGAUUCGGUACGCAAACCUUGGCAACAACCUUACGAAGGCCCUUUUCACGUGAUCGCUCGUCACGAAAAGACCUUCAAGGUUGAUCGAUAUGGACGCGUCGAGAUCGUCAGCGUUGAUCGUCUCAAACCAGCACACGUCGAUGACAGUGCCCUAUCUGGUAACCUGAGAUUCAAUGCUAGACCUAGCAAACCUAGCGGGAUCCUCAAACCAUCUUCAGGUCCCACGCUAGAUACAUCUGAGACCUCAUUCUCACGUCCAGAUCAGCAGACCACGCCGCCUCUGACCUCGGAUGAGAUUACAGGCCCACGCGAUACGAACGAGACUACCGUCUCACGUUCCGGCCGCCGAGUACGGUUGCCCGUACGCUUCCGCGAAUAGUCGCACAGUCAACAACCGAUACGGUGUAGUGUUAUUCCUAUGCUACAUGCAUGCUACACUCUUCUCUUUUUUGAUAUUCUUUUUGUUUCCUGAGCCCUCGCCUUCGACCACCUCCGUUUGGUACCGUCGACUUCAGUCAACUUUGGCGAAAGCUGGACUGGCCACCCAUGCUCUUGUCAACGCACUCAGUCGAUAUUUUGGUUUCGAAUGCUUGGCAUACGCUUGGUCUCGAACUUGGUCGUUACGGUCGCUUCUGGUUCAUCGGCUCAACGUGGUUUCGUCCUACGUCUGCAGCGUUUCUGGUCCGGACCCCUACGAACGCUCUCUUCAGAUUCUGGAUACAAACCACUCUGGUGUAGCAUGCCAACUCAAGCAACAAAUACAGCACAUCGCUCCUGGUACCGUUCUCCGAAAACGACCUUCGUUGGCAACUCGACGAUCAACGAUCGCUUUCCUGUUCGCCAAUUCUUCCGUCCUACAAUCGCUCGUCAGCCGAUCAGUCCCACGAUUUAAACCGCUAUUUGUCGAAAGUGUAAACCCUUUCUAGCGGGGGCUCCUGUAGUGACUCACAUUUAUCACGAGAACACGACUGGUUUAAUAAAAACAAUUAUUAUUAUAACCAACUGUACCAGUGUUUGUUUUAACGUGCUUUUGUUUGACUGUGCUAAUGACAGCUAUUUUGUGCUUCCAUUCUUGUACUUACACUUCAAUUGUAACUUCGCGCGAAUUCGGUUACCUUCUGUAACCAAGGUUGUAUCCUGGCACGAUCUCGGUAUCCUUUCGAUGCCACGAGAUCGCCAGCAAAUAAAUAUCUCGACUUGGUCCAUUAAUUGCCUUCUGGUAUUUGGCUUCUCGGAGAUUUUAUGGGUUUCUUUGGUUACGUUCAACCUUCGCCUUCUGAUUUAUUUGGCACGUGUUUCUUGGUAGCGGUGUUCAUAGUUAACCUCAACUCGACUCCACGCUACAAUUGGUGACCCGUAUUUUGGAUCACGCCUCAGCUUCUGGUCAAAUCUUCCAAAGAAGCCAAUUCGGUGAGUCUAUGAUUUAUCUAUCCACGUCUGUCGUAUAUUUUCAUAUUUUUUAAUAUAUAAUAUACUCGACAUGACGGAUAACGAUAAGAAUAGAAUUAAUAUAAUAGACUCACACGUAUGUGUACCGAAUCCUUGUCACUUUUUAUUCGCGUGAUGAUGAAUUCCACGCUUUAUUCGAGAAAUUUUCCCCUAUUAACUAUUCUCCUCGCUGACCCGGCUGCUUGGUACGGAAUGCAUUUGCAUACGCAUUAACGUCUACCUCCCAGCAUCAAAUGGUUAAGUUGAACGGUUUCAUUGCCAACUUAAAAGUGCUCUACGAGCACACGAGAACGACAACUGGUACGAAACCUUAUCGCUCGUCCCCUUAGGUAUUCGAACGAGCUUGAAGGCAGAUAUACAAUGUUCCGCCACUGAACUUGUAUACGGCACGACAUUGCGUCUGCCCGGAGAAUUCUUCACACCACGGAGCAGACCUAAUUUCGGUAAAUCAGACUACGUCCAUCGACUGUCUGCAUUUAUGCGAACGCUGUCUCCGGUGUCAACUCGAAUACAACAUCGACAGGUCGCUCUCUCUCGAGAGUUAUCUACCUGUUCACAUGUUUUUGUACGAGUAGAUUCGGUACGCAAACCUUGGCAACAACCUUACGAAGGCCCUUUUCACGUGAUCGCUCGUCACGAAAAGACCUUCAAGGUUGAUCGAUAUGGACGCGUCGAGAUCGUCAGCGUUGAUCGUCUCAAACCAGCACACGUCGAUGACAGUGCCCUAUCUGGUAACCUGAGAUUCAAUGCUAGACCUAGCAAACCUAGCGGGAUCCUCAAACCAUCUUCAGGUCCCACGCUAGAUACAUCUGAGACCUCAUUCUCACGUCCAGAUCAGCAGACCACGCCGCCUCUGACCUCGGAUGAGAUUACAGGCCCACGCGAUACGAACGAGACUACCGUCUCACGUUCCGGCCGCCGAGUACGGUUGCCCGUACGCUUCCGCGACUAGUCGCACAGUCAACAACCGAUACGGUGUAGUGUUAUUCCUAUGCUACAUGCAUGCUACACUCUUCUCUUUUUUGAUAUUCUUUUUGUUUCCUGAGCCCUCGCCUUCGACCACCUCCGUUUGGUACCGUCGACUUCAGUCAACUUUGGCGAAAGCUGGACUGGCCACCCAUGCUCUUGUCAACGCACUCAGUCGAUAUUUUGGUUUCGAAUGCUUGGCGUACGCUUGGUCUCGAACUUGGUCGUUACGGUCGCUUCUGGUUCAUCGGCUCAACGUGGUUUCGUCCUACGUCUGCAGCGUUUCUGGUCCGGACCCCUACGAACGCUCUCUUUAGAUUCUGGAUACAAACCACUCUGGUGUAGCAUGCCAACUCAAGCAACAAAUACAGCACAUCGCUCCUGGUACCGUUCUCCGAAAACGACCUUCGUUGGCAACUCGACGAUCAACGAUCGCUUUCCUGUUCGCCAAUUCUUCCGUCCUACAAUCGCUCGUCAGCCGAUCAGUCCCACGAUUUAAACCGCUAUUUGUCGAAAGUGUAAACCCUUUCUAGCGGGGGGCUCCUGUAGUGACUCACAUUUAUCACGAGAACACGACUGGUUUAAUAAAAACAAUUAUUAUUAUAACCAACUGUACCAGUGUUUGUUUUAACGUGCUUUUGUUUGACUGUGCUAAUGACAGCUAUUUUGUGCUUCCAUUCUUGUACUUACACUUCAAUUGUAACUUCGCGCGAAUUCGGUUACCUUCUGUAACCAAGGUUGUAUCCUGGCACGAUCUCGGUAUCCUUUCGAUGCCACGAGAUCGCCAGCAAAUAAAUAUCUCGACUUGGUCCAUUAAUUGCCUUCUGGUAUUUGGCUUCUCGGAGAUUUUAUGGGUUUCUUUGGUUACGUUCAACCUUCGCCUUCUGAUUUAUUUGGCACGUGUUUCUUGGUAGCGGUGUUCAUAGUUAACCUCAACUCGACUCCACGCUACAACUUUUGAUUGCACUCAGAAUGUAAACUAACGUGGGCUUUGAUACCAUUAUCGGUUUUGUAAAUUCAAAUUAGUGGAUCAUCGAAGCACAGAAGAACAAAUGAUAAGCAUCUAUCCUAUUACUUUUCCACAUGCUUUUAAAGUAAACAAUGGAAGUUCCCUACAGCAGUAAUUUUGAUAUGUGUUAAAAUUAACUUGAUAUUUUAGCAUGGACAAAACUAUUAUCCUAGCCAACUGCUGCAGAAAUUCGAACUUAAAUUGGCAACUAACGCUGUAAAUCUUUUUUAGCAGAAUAGAACAUCUAAGUAGUGGCUUUUAAUAGAGAAUCAAAUCUUGAUCUCCGAAAACGCCAGACACUUGUGGAGAUAGACCUGACAACCUUAUUUUGUAAAUAGUUUUCAAUGUUAUUUCUAUUUGUUUUGUCAAUUUUUCACUGUAUGUACAUUUAUCAUUAAAUGACUGUACGUGUUGUUUUAGUCAACGACCUUGAACACUUUUUCCGUUGUAAUUCUAACAUAGCGUGACACACAUUUUCGAUUGUUCACAAAUACACUAUUACGCACAUA